GGGCCGCUCUCAGUUCGCCGCUUCCCCGCCGCGCGCCGCCGCUCCCCGCGCUCCGCUCCGCGCCGCCGCCGCCAUGAACGGGCAGCUCAACGGCUUCCACGACGUGUUCAUCGACGAGGGCACGUUCCUCUUCACCUCCGAGUCCGUGGGCGAGGGGCACCCAGAUAAGAUCUGCGAUCAGAUCAGCGAUGCGGUGCUGGACGCCCACCUGCGGAGGACCCCGACGCCCAAAGUGGCCUGUGAAACGGUUGCAAAGACGGGGAUGAUUCUGCUGGCGGGUGAGAUCACGUCCCGAGCUGCUGUUGAUUACCAGAAGGUGGUGAGGGACACCAUCCGCCACAUCGGAUACGACGACUCCUCCAAAGGCUUUGACUACAAGACCUGCAACGUGCUGGUGGCCCUGGAGCAGCAAUCCCCAGACAUUGCUCAGGGUGUUCACCUGGACCGCAGCGAGGAGGACAUCGGUGCCGGCGAUCAGGGGCUGAUGUUUGGUUACGCCACGGAUGAGACGGAGGAGUGCAUGCCGCUCACCAUCGUGCUGGCACACAAACUCAACGCCAAGCUGGCCGAGCUGCGCCGCAAUGGAACCCUGCCCUGGCUGCGUCCUGACUCCAAGACGCAGGUGACGGUGCAGUACAUGCAGGACCGCGGUGCCGUCAUCCCCAUCCGUGUGCACACCAUCGUCAUCUCGGUGCAGCACGACGAGGAGGUUUGUCUGGACGAGAUGCGGGACGCCCUGAAGGAGAAAGUGAUCAAAGCCGUGGUGCCGUCCAAGUACCUGGACGAGGACACCAUCUACCACCUGCAGCCCAGCGGGCGCUUCGUCAUCGGCGGCCCCCAGGGUGACGCGGGGCUGACGGGCCGGAAGAUCAUCGUGGACACUUAUGGGGGUUGGGGGGCACAUGGAGGGGGGGCCUUUUCUGGGAAGGAUUACACCAAAGUGGAUCGUUCCGCUGCCUACGCUGCACGAUGGGUCGCCAAGUCCCUCAUCAAGGCCGGGCUGUGCCGCCGCGUCCGGGGGGGGGGUUGA